CGCGGACGAUCUCUGGAAGAGAAAUAUCUGGCGAUCUUUGUGCUGCUGCGAAGCAAAAGCCAUCGGGUCUCGAGAAAGCGGUGAGUGAUCUUUGGAAGAAAGGCAGAAGGCGUUCGGCGAGAAGAAAAUGCCGCUUCCAAAGCGACUCGUGGAGCCGGUGCUCGUCGCUCGCGGUACCAUACCCGUCAACUUCCCGCUCCCGUCGGAGUUAGAAGCUGUAACGAAUGGCACGUUGGCCAACACCAUCAGGCAACUGUCCAGUUUGUCCAGGCACGCGGAGGAUCUGUUCGGCGAGCUGGCUAGAGAAGCACACGGAUUGAGCGACAGGGCCAACUCCUUGCAGGCUAGGAUAGAUCGGCUAGCUGUGAAGGUUACUCAGCUUGACAGCAACGUCGAGGAAGUCUCGCUGCAAGAUAUUCACAUGAGGAAGGCGUUCAAAAGCUCGGUGGUGUUCGAUCAGCAAGUUGUUUCUAGGGACACUAUGCCAACGGCGAUGCUGGAAACUUAUCAGCAAUGCGACACACCACCUCCUCUUGAUAAACUUAACGUUUACAGGGAAGACGGUAAAGACGGACUGAAGUUUUACACAGAUCCGAAUUAUUUCUUCGAUCUCUGGAGCCAGGAGAUGCUCAAAGAUACGGAAAAGAAGUUGCACGAUCGGGGGAAAAAGCCGCAUAGGCCUCGGAACGAGGGUGGCGGUGGAGGUGGAGGCAGACACAAGAAGCGUAUAAGGCAACCGCAUAAUACGAGAGAAAGGCAAAGACAGUUGGCCGUUGGACACGGCGAGUACAUUAUGCCGACGCAAAAUGUUCAAUAUAGACCACCUCACAAUAUACCAGACGAAUCGUUGCUUGGUUUGGUGAUGACCGAACCACGACCACCUAGGCCCAACAGCAUCGAGCUAAGACGAAGUUAUCCGACAGAGGAGCAACACCUUUACAGUCCUCCAUCUUCCGACCAUUACAGGGCAGCAAAUUACGUGGCUCAAGGAUACGAGGACAACUUGUACGGCUCACACUAUGGUACAAGUCAAGGACAAGGAGGUAGCGAAACGUAUCAGAGUCCUGGUGGUCAGAGCACUCCAAGCAGAGGUGGUAGGUCACGUCCGUCGCAACCACCUCCAGCUCCUCCAAGCAAUACCUCUAGCAAUUCAACGCCCACUGUAGCCUCUGCUAACAAUACCCCAACGCGAGGAAGAUCAAUGAGCACUGGUAGAGACACCCUUCCACCGCCACCUCCGCCACCUGGUGAAACUAUGUCUCCUCCUCCUAUGAAUGGUUCUAUACCGUCACAUCUGCUGAAUAGGAACGGAAGUCGUUCCAACAGUCCACUACCCAGUCAUCACUCCACGCCUACUCCGCCGAAUCACUCGACACAAAUAGGAACGGAUGAAACUGAUCCUGCUCCGCAAGAUUUACCGCCUCCACCUCCAACUCCUGAUCCUACACCACCUAGACCUAUUUCUCCGCCGUGUAAUAUUCCACCUCCACCUCCACCACCUCCGCCACCGCCUAUUGCUAACGGACCAACGCCUCCUUUGCCGUUGACCAACGGUGAUAUCGCUAAAAUGAUAGCAACCAAUCCACCCAAGUUGAAACCUCUGAAACCCUUGAAGAAUAUCGUGGACGGGCAAUUGAGGAAGCCCGUUAAUCCGAACAUCCCCCUCGUUGAUCCGCGAAACGAUCUACUUAAAGCAAUUAGAGACGGAAUAAAAUUACGUAAAGUAGAGAAGAUUGAACAAAAGGAGGUGGAACGCGUGAACGCAUUGAACGACGUCGCAUCCAUAUUAGCACGCCGCGUUGCUGUUGAAUUCAGCGACAGCGAUUCAGCAUCGGAGAGCGAAUGUGACAGCGAAGGAUGGGGCGAGCAGGAAACGAAUCUCGCGUGACCCACCUCACUUCCAUCUACUGCCACUGCCUCCUAAAAAAAUGGCUGACGAUUCUUGCGUUUCGUUCACUUAAAACGAAACCCAAUUUUUUGUUGCACGUCGCACAAGAUACACGCUUUGCUCGCCUGAAGUUAUCGAGUGGAAGUGAUUCGGUUCAAAUUUGGUGU